CCACAUGUCCUAGAAGACGAUCGAUGAUCUAUCAGUUUUAAUCGCUUGCGUCCAAUCGCAUAAUGCAUGUGUUGUGUUAUAUGCAAAAACAUAGUUUAUGAAUUGAACCAACGAACGAGCUGUCAUAGAUGAGUUCAAUACAUUUUCUCAGCGCGGCGCAACGACGCAUCCGUGUUAAUGGCGUGGAAUAAAAAUGGCGAAUAUCAACAUAAAGCAAAUCUUCAGUGUAGCUUCGAGUGCAAAAUAUCUCAUAAUUGGAAAAACGUUAUUUAAAAACUCUGAAUUUAGAAAUUAAUAAAUCCAAAGUAAUAAACUUCAGUGAAGUAUUUAUAAAUGGUGCCGUGAAAAUUGAGAUAGUGGAAAAAAUUACAAAAUCACUAUCCAAAUGACAAGGCCGAAGGUUCUGUACACAUUUUUCAAAAUGAUUGGCUUGUGUCCUUUCGCGAUAAGUAAGAAUGGAAAAUUUCGUUUUUCAUACAGCGGUGUCUUCUAUUCGAUAGCAUUGGCCUCCGUCUCAUUUUUUUGUUAUAUGAAAGCGAUGAAAAAUCGUCUCGCGUUUAUAAAACCUCGACAAACAACGAUGUUUCUCGUAGCAGACAUUUUGGCGAAGAGUACAGCAUUCUUGACGGCUGUGACGACUUGGUUGAUCUUUGCUUUUCGCCAGAAUCGAUUCCGAAGUUUACAGAAGUCAUUCAAUAAGUUCUCAGAGGCUUGUAUCGUUUUUGGGGUUUGCGAUGGUCCUCGUUACCUCAUGAAAAACGGGACGAUUCUGGCGGUCAUUUGUAAUGUGGCAUGGGGCAGUGUCUUAGUUUGUGGACAUUUGCAGCACUCGAAGUCAUCGACUUAUCAAUUUUUGACAUGGUUGCUAUUCAAUUUUGGACGAAUCAUUUAUCCGAAUCUUACGAUCAUUUUUUUCAUUGCUAUGAGCCUCGUUAAGGAGCGUUUCCGAUUGUUGAAUGAUGCGAUCGGUCAACUUUCUUCAGUCAAUUUAGGCCGGCAGGCCAUCCGCAAAAAAAAUGGAAAAAACAGGUCAAGAAUAAAAUUUCUUGACGAAACGGAUUCCUUGAGCGCGUACAUUCAACUGCGGUCCGAGCUCGUUGAACUGACGACUUCAGGCGUAAAUUUCCUUUCGGUCCCAAUCUAUUUCGCUAUGGCGGCUUACAUAUUAGAAUUGACAUCAGCCCUGUACGUAAUUUCGCUCAAUAUUAAAUAUGAACAAUUCUGGUGGGAAAAAAACGGUACUUAUUUUUGGGCGCUGAACGUUUGGCAAAUAUGUCAAAUUAUUGGCUUAAUUACCUUACUCACCGUAGCUGAUUCCACAGGACAAGAGGUUUUGUUUUUUUAG